GUUAUGUCACUUGUAAUUCUCAUUUUAAGGAUGUAUCUGAACUUUAUUGUCAUUUGAAAAUGUGUUUAAUUAGUGAGGAUGAGCAUUUGAGAAAAAUGACUAAGCGGAUGCAAGAAAAGUUCAAGAAGUAUUGGGGUGAGCCUGAAAAGAUGAAAAAAAUAAUUUUUAUUGCUUUCGUCUUGGAUCCACGUAACAAAUUUGAAUAUGUUAGCCUUGCACUUGAAGAGCUUUUUGGGGAGGAAAAAGGGAAAAUAAUAAAUGUUGAGGUGUAUGCUUAUAUGAAUUCUUUGUUUGAAGAGUAUUUAAAAAAGUAUUCAACUGGAUCUUGUCCUCAACCUCCAUCUAGUUCUACUUCAUCUAAUAACGCAUCUAAUACAUCUAGUGGGAGUGUUAUAACUGCAUCAUUAAUAAGGACAAAGCUUCACUUGAAGAAACAAAAGGAAGACAAUGGAAGUGGGGGUGCUAAAUCGGAGUUGGAUAAAUACAUUAGUGAAGAACAAGAGCCUUUUAGUGAAGAAUUUGAUAUCUUAAGUUGGUGGAAAAUACAUGCUCCUAGAUUUCCUAUUCUUUCGGAGUUGGCUCGUGAUGUGUUGGCCAUUCCAAUUUCUAGUGUGGCGUCGGAAUGUGCGUUUAGCACUGGUGGCCGUAUUCUUGAUUCAUUUAGGAGUUCAUUGACUCCUAAAUGUGUGCAAGCUCUUGUUUGUGUUCAAGAUUAGCUUAGAGAAGAGAAGAAUCCUAUUAGUGUUGAAGAAGACUUAGAGUAUCUUGAGGAACUCGAGCUUGGUAAGCUUUAAUAUUUUGUGUGUAUUUUAGUUCAAAAUAAUAUAUCAUACUUGUUUAUUUGUAUGACAUAUUUGGUCUAUCUUUAGAUAUGAAAAAUAAUGAAAGCACUACUAGCAUUGUUUGAUGUAUAGUUGCAACUUGUAACUUGAGUGGUUCAAGUGCAAUCAUGCCCUGUGCUCCUAAAGUACGCUAUCAUAUUUGGAAAUAUUUUGAGGUGAAAGAAGAUAACGAAGAAGUUCGCAAAGUAGAGUGCAAACAUUGUGGUCGAGUCUAUAAUGUUCAUCCAAAGAAGGAUGGCACAUAUAGUUUAAGGAAGCAUAUUAGGUGUUGUCUUGAGCGUCUUCCUGAAAUCCGUAUUUAAGAAUUAAGACUAAGUUGAUUCGAGACUAUUAGUGUAAACUUGAAUUGAGGGAUGCCCUCUCUGUUUUUUUGUUGCCCCACUGAAUCAAUUUCAUAGAUUGUUAGAUGGAAUGGGUCGAAAUGGAUUUUCACCCGAUUUUCAUGCAUUUAA